AUGCUGCCACAACCAGACGCAGAAACAUUAGCACGAAACCCUCAAUUCGCAAUCCUAUGGAAAGACCUGACCACCAACAAAAUAACCAGAGAAGGAGUUUCCAAACCUGCUGCUCUGGACAAGGAAACCGUGACGACGAGGAAUUUGCUCAAAAGCAAGCAAAUCGAAUGGGCGAAGAGAAAAGUGCUCGUAGAUGCGGUGAGAGCUGUUGCGUUUGGAGAGAAUGAAGGAGGAUUGAUUGGCGAGGUAAGAGUUGAUUAUGCUUUUUGGCGAGAGACAAAAGGGAGGAACUUACUGACGGCAAUGCAGUUGAGGGAAACGGCGCAGAUUGUUUCUGCGCAGUUGGAUGGCAAGUUGGAUGCUCAAGACAAGGAUAUCGUUCAAGUCGAAGUCGAGGAGUUCAUGUCCAACAUUGAGAUUGUCAGAGCGGCGGUGGAAGCACACAUGGAGCAAAAUGUUAUGCUGCUAUGUCAAAUAUUGGGUAUGUAUUUGAAUACAGAAAAGGAGAGGGUAUCAUUGGAAAAGUAUGGAGCUAUGCUAAUUUCAAGUUUGUACAAAAACNNAGAUCCAACACAACAGCAGCCAGACCCUUCGACACUUCCAGCACAAGUCGAGACACUGCAGAAACAGGUCGAAGAGGCGAAGUGGCAGCUUGGUGUCCAACGCAUUGAGCUCGCGAGCACACUGACUCAACUCCUCAAAACCAAUGCACAACUGCUACAAACAGCAAUACGCAUACUGGAGCAGGUGAUGCAUGGCAGUGUAGGACGACACACUCGGGCGCGAGCUGAACACCUUGCGACAGUCGCGCAAGGAUUGGAAAAGCGAUUGCUGGUUGCAAGGAAGACGGUGGCGGGGCAGGUCUACGAUGGAAGAGCCGAAGAGCAGCUCGUGCGCAAAAAGGAAGAGUUGGAUGCUCGAAGUGCGGGACUACGCAGAAGACUCAGGGAUCGCGAGCAGUGGCUGGAGCGACUCGAGGGAGUUGCAGGGCUCAGAGAGGCGGUCGAAGAGAUAUCGAGGAUGAAGAGCGAGAUAUCCAGAGUGAGGGAGGAAGUCGGACGGUUGGAGAGGGUAGGAUAG